AUGAGUUCUCUCACACAACUCCCAGAACUAAAGGCAACGUUAUCUCCGACCAGCGAGAUCCUAACGGAUCCUAAGGAUGCCAAGUUUGUGGAACAUCUGAAGCGAUGGACAGAUAUUGAUCUGAAAGUUCCUGGCGCUAUAGUGCUGCCAAGCUCGGAAGGUGACUGUCAAAAGAUUGUGCAAUGGGCUUCCAAGUACUCGAUUCCUUUCGUUACCAAAAGCGGGGGUCAUAGUGAAUGGUCUACCAUUGGCGGCGACGGCAUCAUUAUUGAUUUAAGCCUGUACAAAGGAGUAGAAGUGGACACAAAUUCUAACACAGCGACUCUCAAAGGAAGCAUCCUCUCUAAAGAUGUAGCCGUAGCUCUUGCAGAUGCUGGAUUUUUCACUGCUCUUGGAAAUGGCAACACAGUGGGCGCCAUCCCUUAUUUUCUUGGCGGAGGAGCCUCGAUCACUUCUUCUAUCACAGGUUUCGGGUCGGACCAAAUUCUCUCGGCGCAUAUGAUAACCGCAAAGGGAGAACUACUUGAUGUGAACGAAAAAACACAUCCAGGUCUUCUCUACGCUAUACGUGGUGCCGGACAGUUUUUCGGCCUCGUCACGCAGCUUACCAUCAAGCUUCAUUCCUUAAAAGCCCUCGGAAACGAUAAAGGUGUUAUAUGGGCUGGUAGCUUCGUCUUUCCGCUGGCUCGUGCCCGAGAAGUGACUUCUGUUAUGAAGGAUUUAAUGAAUGAUAGUCGCUAUGCAACAGCUGGUCUCAUGAUGAUCAUGGCGCCACCGCCAGCACGAAACCCAUGUCUAGUUAUCGCGGCUCGCUACACCGGUAAUCCCGAUGACGCGCCAAAAGCGUAUAAAGUUCUACAUGACCUUAAACCAAUUGUUGGCACUGGUGCUGCGGUACCCAUUCAAAAUGCAAGUGAUGGACGCGAGGCACUUGGUGCUAAGGGAGGUUUCAAACGCUUUGGUGUUGUCGGUCUCCACCGAUUCGACGAAGAAGCUUUUCUCAAAACUAUUGAUAUAUGGACAGAGAUGAUUGCCGAGUGUCCAGAUGCAAUCAACACCGCGUUUAACUUCCAGUGGGACGCUAGACCCGUCAAGACGCCUGAUUUCGAAUCGGCCAUGUGUCUUCAUGACAUCCGCUACUGGCAGAAUAACUUAAUCUGGCACACCGAUGCUAAGAAUCGCGCCAAGGUUGACGAAUAUAAUGCCAGAUCUAUUACUGUUGUGCGCGGCGACGACGUGGCGAAUUUCGCGGACUUUCAGAACGGUACUAGGGUUGAUCCUAUUGAGCGGAGGUAUAGAGGGGAGGAGAGGCUUGCUCGUCUGAAGGCUUUGAAGAAGGAAUGGGAUCCUGCGGGUCUAUUUACAGCUCAAUUACUUUAG